UUGUCGUAACUCUUCGCCUUUUGCUAGUCUUGGAAUCCACGCUGCGGACAGAAUUUCCUUUUGUGUCGAAGAGGUUACUCCUUUUUAGACUAUAGAAGAAAGCUACUGCCCUACUCAUGAUACCAACAGCAAAGAGCCAAUGUAAUCAGAGAAAUUUUUAAGCUAAGAACAACAUGAACUUUGACGUGUUAUUCCGUAUUGUUAUGUGUUGUUUGCUUUACCCUUCGGAAACGUAUGGUUUUAACCUCGAUAUUGAAAAUGCUAUCGUCUUUGAUGGACCUCCGGAAAGUGGUUACUUUGGAUACUCUGUGGCUCUUCACUCAUGGCAAAGUAAAUAUUGGUAAGAUCCUUUAUUGUUUAACAUUACUUCAGUAGAACACGUGUGCGUGUUGUCAGAGAUCAGUUGGUCCAAUGUGGCGUGUUUUUGCUUCGAAGCUAGAGACUUUUUGAAUAUCAAAAUUCACGUAGAGACUGGAUUUGUUUUCUUAAUUUUACUAUUAAUUUCGGCGUGAGUAUAAUCCCAGGUUUAGAUACUAGAUCUCAUUCAUCGUUUAUCACUGAUCGCAAUAAGAAUUAAAGAUGACAUAUUUCCGUAAUGCAAUCUUUCGUUCGGAUACAUGAUCGAGUCUGAAUUUAUACUCCACACGAGACAAACGGGGUUUGAACUCUUUGGAGAGGUGAAAAUGUUUUGAAAAAGCGAGAUUGUUUGUUAAAAUCAUGCAAGAAAAGUUUUUUAUAGCCACGUUUUCGAGCGAUAUCUUAAACAGCAAUCCCGAAUUAAACUCAUGAAAUGUGUUUCUCAAGAUAACAGCAGUGGUAUUGACACUUAUUAAUUUACAAUUUCCUAAUUUCGUGACUCAUUUUGGCUCCGUCGUCUUGUCUGCAAAAUGCACGGUCGCGUAGUGCUGGCAUUUUAUUAUAAGUAUUAUUAUUUAAUUGACGGCACACUUAACGUCAAUCAAGCGCAAUUAUUGCUAGAAGACUGAAUCAACUCAUUAAACUAAAGUGUCCAUGUAUCUUGUAAACCAAAUCACUCGGUUGUCUUAAUAAACAGCACCUCUCAUUAACUGCCAAUUUUUUCAUUAUUGACGGUCGUUCGGAAAAAGCAAUCAUUUAACUUAAUGUUUAUUCAGAUCAUUUCCUGAGGUUAUUUUAGAAAAUUGCAAUUUGUGUGCAUCCAUUCUUGACUAAGACGUUCAAGCGGCUAUGUUUCUGUUAUUAUGACUCCUUUUUAUUUUAUUCAAGUAAGCUUAUAUGCUAAUAAUAUUGUUAGUGUAUGAUGUAUUAGCAUUGAUUUAUAAUCAAGACCAGGUUGGCUAGCCUCCAGCGGCUCUAGCAACCUUGCUUCUUCUUAUCACGUAAUUAGUUUUAAAUCAGUUAUUUUCUUAAUAAAUAAAUGAGAGUUGGAGAAAAUAGUAGCACCGAAAAAUUUCACCUAUUUGGCAAGCUUUUCAAAACCAAAGUAAUGUUACCAGAUUUGAAACUUAUUGAAACCAGACGUAUGGAUAAACUGAGGAACACUCCACUUCCAACACCUGGCCAAGCAUUUGAUGAAAUGUAUCCAUGCAAAGUUACUAAAGUUAGCACAGAAUAUGCACAUUUUGAAGGGGGCUGGGUGUGGGUGGGAGGGUUUGAGGAUGAGGGGGGUGGGGGUGGGGAGUCUUACUCUCCUGCAUUGAAGCCACAAAAAAUUUUGUAACAAACACAUCAAUUUAUCUUCAUUGUCCUUUUUAUUCCAUCCAUUACUUACUGACGACAGACAACGGCACAUUUAAAAGCAAUAAAAGCAGAAAAUAUUCAGCAACAUUAAACUUGUUAACAGACUUCACAACUAAGUGACACCCUGAACAGAUGAUACCAUCUGAGUUCAAUUUUGUACUCAGCUUUGUUCAGAAUAGUGGGUUAAAUUAUCCUCUUCUCCAGGAGCUUCGCAAAAUGUCCUUGGAGAUGAUGUGGUUUUUAGCACCCCCCCCGCCCGCUGCAUGGUCCCACACGGUACUCCUAAACAAAUAAAAGUGGAAAGUUACACAAGUUUCAUUUAUAGAGCCAGAAGUUAAGAAAGGGGAACUCAUCCGAUUGCACAUACACUGUAUGUGUACGGCAUAUAUGUCAUAUAUGAGGUAGUGGAAGGGGACUCUUGGGUAGUACCCCUCUGGGAAGUGCUCUCCCGGUUGACUCUUCUGGGUCUAGGAUAAAGGUCAUUGUGAAAAAUCUAAAUCAGAAAGACUAAAAGCUAAUUUUGUAUUGUAAAUUAAUGUGUGUUCAGGGUAAUAGUUGGAGCGCCUCUUAGUAAUGUCACUUCUGCAUCUGGAUCUGAGACGUUAAUAAGGUAUGGAGCAGCAUACAGAUGUGAAUACACUGGUAGUCAACAGUGCAGUGUCAUCAACAUUGAUAACCGACGUAAGUUUUUCCUUAUAAAAUUUCUUUCCUAGAUACAAUUUUAACCAUUCAUUUAGGCUAUCUUAAGUCUAUCUUGACUGUCGUGUUGCUGUUCCCAUUCGAUCCAGUUUACCCGUCGGCGGGGCUUGGGAAUUUCGCCAGAAAACGCCUUUUGAAGCUAGUCGAGCUAGUACCAAAACUGCCCAAAACCCCGCUACAGGUCGAGCUCUUCUCGGCUUUCUGUUUCUGGGCUAAAAAAAAGCCUAAUAUAUUGUGUUUGGGUCGCUUAUUUAAACGAAGUCUAACUUAGGUCGCGGUUUAGAAAAAAUCUUUGGGCCUCCAAAUAUCUUCCUUAGUGAGUAAUUUUAAAAAAAUAAGUGUUUUUGCAGUCUACGACUUAUGCUUUUUUGAAACGUUUCAUGAUAAAUGAUGUUAAGAUAAAAGCAUUGGGAGAACUGAAAAUGGCUUAGAACGCGGUUUUGUUAAACGCUGGCCAAACUCCGUUUACAUAACUGGCCCUUUGGGUGUAAACGUCACUUUUACCUUUCGCCUUCUCUCCUUUCCUCCUCUCCUAGCAUUUACUAGGCUUCGGUGCGGUGGGAAAAGUUUCGGGAAAGGCCUUUUAUAGCUAAGGAUCGUAGGAUAGUUGGAUUUAGAAAGAAGGGGCUUAGGGCCGAGCGUUAGUAGGCUGAAAAGUUAUUUUGAGCCCUAGAACUUGUUUCAUGUUUCAGCUGUGUGGAGAAAACAAGUGACGUUCAAUGAUGUACCAAACACCUGGGUAAACAUGGAAGAGAAGACUGGCAUGUGGCUUGGAGGAGUGGUUGAUAGCACUGGAACAGAUGGCAAGGCAUUGGUAUGAAUAAUAGUUUCUGCUCACGUUUUCUGUUUAUGUACACAUGUUUCAGUCGUAACGCCAAACCUUUUUCAACUAAAGUAGAAUCUUAACUGUUCAAACCUCCCGGGGAAAAAUAAAAUAUUUUCGAAUGAUCGCGAGCGAAACAUUCAGAAAUGACAAGAGCCAUAAUUAUGGCUCUUGGAAAUGACGAAGACGAUUCAGAACAGAUUGCUCUGCAUUUUAUUUUUCCUAAUCAUCUGAGCCAACACAUGGAUAUCUGCGGUGUCUCCCUAUAAUAAGAAACACGUAGGCAGUACGUAAAGCUACAAAAUUGUGGAAUAAACUUUUAUUGGGAAACUAAGUUAGUUUUUCUUGGUUUCCUUGUUGCCACACACAUGGUCUGCUGUUCUCUUUAUAUGUUCCCUGUUCUCUUUAUUACGAGUCGACAUGACACUACACUUACUAACUCUUCGAAUAAGCAUGUGCCCGUUCGACUAUUGUAAGCGACCAACUACUUUAUAAACCCAACACUAAAUCUUGGAAGUUUGCUUGGUUGCUUUCGAGAGUUUCGACUGUAUACAGUUUGUAACUACGGAAGUUCAUUCUCCAGUCUGCAGAGAGUAGCCAGUGUACAAACCACACCAUCGAGCCACUUCAUCGCCGUGCCUUCUACAGUAUACCUUAUAACCUUUCAGACUACACCUACAUGCAUUAUCCAUCGACUGUAGUACGGGAGUGGUGACUGUGGUUCAGUUAAGUUCAUCCGCUUCAGACCAGUCACAGUGAGACGUCUCACAGCCAAGAGACUAUAAAGGGGACAGAGAGGGCAUCCCCCAUAUACACCCUAUUCCAUAGGUAAUUCGUCUCGAGUUAUUUUUAACACCACAGAUCUCAAGGGGGAUUAGACAACAACCAAUCACAUCGCGGGAAUGUGUUCCCCGUGGAUGACCCACGCUAAGAGCCACGCGUCCUUCACGAAAUGACGCAGAACAAAAUGGGGGAAAACGCGGAGAGCGAUUUUGCUAUUCCUUUCGUCGACAAAAACGACUACAGCUAGAUUUCUGCGAAAGCUGCGUCAGCAAAACCGAAAUUAAAAAAGAAUCGCCCUUCCUCUCUUGUAUAGAGCUAACAGUAGAGCAGGGAAAUCCUUAACACACUGGCUAUUCUCUCAGGAUCAUUUAUAAUUUACAGUUUGAAGAGAGCAAUUUCUGGUUUGAUGUUUAUUUUUUUCAGUCUUUAGAGCGAUUAUUCCUACCCACUUACUUUGUCAAUUGUAGGCGAACCCUCCUAAAGCUGAAUUUCAAGGGAUCAUAUUCAAGCUCAGAAAGAGAAAUAAAAUUUCGUGGUUGCUUAUUUACGUCCUCCAUAAAACGCGAAAUUAGGCAUUUUCACGUCGUAGUCGUGUAAAAACGGGAAAGAAAUGAACAAAAAAGUGUGUUGCACGUGCGAAGUUGUUGUUUUGCUAAUUAAACCUAUUGUUUUUUUGACGUUCUAGUUGUCGUCCGCGUCGUUGGAUCUUAAACUCCCUAAAUUGAACAAACGACCGGUUUCAAUAGACCGGCGAAAUUUCUCAUUUUAUUAAAACACUGAGGUUACGACAACUUCGAGUUAAACUGAUUUCACGGGUUGUCAAAGAGUCCAGCGAUUCCUUUUUCCCAGGUGAGCGCUGACUCAUUUCGCUUCAAUAUUCAGGAAUGCUCUCGAUCUUUUUACGCUUUCUCGCCCGACAUGUUUUGCACGGCGUUUGGUCAUGCGAAACCUCCACGAAACAUCCACGCCUCGCGCGAGGUAACUUUAUCCCAAUUCUAAAAAUAACUCUGUCCCCUUUAUAGUCUCUUGCUCACAGCCCUACCCCUACAGGCCACUUGGUUAAUUUCGCAUUCAAAUCAUUUUGGAAAUUUAUCUCGUAGGCCUGUGCUCCAAGGUAUAUUUUUCGUGGAGCUCCUGUGACGGGAAAUGCAGGCGGUGACGUUCAUUAUAGUUGGCUUCUUGGACGGUGUAAUCUUCUUAAUCAAGACCUUUCAGGAGUGUCUCAUAAUGGGGUUGUCGAUCCCUGUUCGACAGGUACGGAAUAAAUAGUAAGUAACUAUUAGUAUCCAACGUAACAGGGAGUAUCGUCAGGGUUAAGUUAUUAGGUUAGUAGCGACGUAACAGAAAGGGAAUCAGUGACGUUAUGAAUCUUACACCCCUCUUGCCAUCUCAAUAAUUCGAUCUCAACGAUAAACUUCCUUUGUCAAAGGUGCCAGGCGGGUGAAAUUCACUGAAGCUCAGUGCAUAAUGUUUCUUUUCCCUGUGAUUUUGGCCACAAACUAGAGAGGUGACUUAGCUCCUUUAAGCUCCCUAAAUUGACCUGCACUCGCAAUGUUCAGAUAGCCUGUUGGUUUUUUUUAAGGAACAUGUUGUUGUCGUCAUCUUCUUAUCAGAGAACUUUAGAUUUGAGGACGAGAGCGACUUCGGGACGAGAUUUGAGCCAAAGUUUUUUCGCUGAUUCUCAAAAAAUUGACAUCCGGAAAGCUUCAUUGUACUUUUUUUUCUCCAAAAAAUUAGCACUGUUAUCUUUAUUGAAGGAGGUUAAGCCCUCUCCUGGCCGCAAAAUAAUAAAACCUCCAACAUUAGAAAACUUUUUUCCGCCAUCACGACGUUAUCGGUAAUAUAAAAUUCGUAGUGGAAGGAAAACGACUAUCACAUUUUCCCGCCACAAUUACGCUGGUUCACGCGCGAGCACUGCUUAGAAACGAGAAAAUCUCGCACUCGUUGUCGUCCUCGUCUUAGAACCUAAAGUUCUCUAAUACCAUAUCAACUUAACGAUACACAACUCACUCGAUUUCGAACCGUUAUUCACUGUCACCAACAGUCUUUAAGGACUUUACUCACCCCUUGACGCGGUGAGUCUUGAGUUUAAACCAUUGAGAACUUGAAAUAUUAGACAGUUCCAUAUAUUAUAUUCCAGAGCGAAAAGGCAAUAAUUACUAUGGCUAUUGCACAGCUGGUUUGAGUGCUGAGUACUCAGUGGAUGGAUAUAAUGUGAUCAUGGGAGUAGUUGGAGCGAAGAGAGGGAAAGGUGAGGCUCGCUAUAGUAACCAGUGUACCAAAUGAUUCACCAGAGGGCAUAUUAGGAGAUUACUGUAUUAUCUUUCUGUCCUUUGGGAACCCUACAACCCCAUUAUUCUUUUUUACAUAGUGUCGAUUUGUUCUGCACCUGACCGUUCCAGGUUUUAUUUGCGUUCAUAAAGUGCCGGUGUAAAGAGACGGGAGAUUUUAUCAUUACUGGAAGGACUUUCCAUACAUGCCUGUAUCGUUAAUUGGACGUUAAUUGAUACAACAUUGGAACAACGGUAGCUGCCUGUGGGAAAACAAAAUAUAAAAGCAAAGAAAUCUAUUUGAAAGCAGGUUAUCGAGGUUCCACUGUGCUUCUGAUAUGUUGUUAUUUUUGGUAAAUUGUCUUCUAUGAAAUUGUGUCUAGGUGGACUCAUGCUGUACAGCGAUAGAGGCAAGACUGUUAAGUCCGCACUAAGUGAACUGGCGAUAGGAGACUACAUGGGUACGUCAUUAUUGACCAACACUGAGAUCAGCUAACAAAGUUAUGUGUAACAGUGACGCAAUUAAACGUGAAAUCAUGAUAAGGGACACUUCUGUAAUUCUCCCCUAGUCGCGGUUAAAGAUACCCUCACCCCUUUCUUCCAAACCCGCUUAACAUGGAUGGGGCUAGACUUUUAGUAGUAUAGGGCGCACCGGUUAGGCCGUUUUUUUGCGGAGGAUUCUCAUUAGAGUGCGGAGGAAUACAUUAACGCCGAUGACGUCAUAGGCUAUUGUCCUCAUCUCAUGAAUAAAAUGCGGUGGAUUUAAUUAAGUAUACUGGUUUGACCGGUUUGUCAGGUUCUAUUUUUAGCCUGGUUGAUGUAACUGGUUUAUUUUUGUUUUAUGACAUAACCUAUUGUCUUGUAUUUUCAUUGGUUAGUUCAUAGUGCCUGAGGAGUAAAGUCAAACUUGUCUCUGACUUAAAAUCACUGAGACGUAACGUAAUUAUGCAAGUCCUAUUUCCUGCUGCUGCGAUUGUCCUUGUUCCGGUUCACUGAUUUUUGGCAGGCAAAUCGUGCAUAUUAAUGAGGGCAAAGGCCAACUAGCUCUUUUUUUUUACACUGCAAACAAUGUUUUACUCACCCCUCUCCUUUUCAUUUUUUUUACUUUCCUCCUCCUCCACAAUUUUAUUGUUUUCGUUCCUCAAUUUUUUAUUCCCUCCUCCAAAAUUUCACAAUUUGUAUUAUUUUCCCUCCUCAAUCUUAAUUUCCCUCCUUCUCCACAAUUUUAUUAUUUUCCCCCCUCUUCCUCCCCUCCUCCUCACUUCUAUUGUUUUCCUCCUCCACCUCACUUUGAUUGUUUUUCCUUUUCCUCCUCAUUUUGAUUGUUUUGAUAGGGUCGAUGUGGGGUCGAUGUAGGGUCGAUGUGGGGUCGAUGUAGGGUCGAUGUGGGGUCGAUGUGGGGUCGAUGUAGGGUCGAUGUGGGGUCGAUCGGUCGAUUGGGGUUGUAGGGUCGAUGUAGGGUCCUCCUCGAUGUAUUUCGAUGUGGGGUCGAUGUAGGGUCGAUGUAGGAUCGUUAUUGUUUUCCACCUCCUCCCCACAUUUCUAUUGUUUUCCCUCCACCACCACCACCACCACCACCGCCACAUUUCUAUUGUUUUCCCUCCACCACCACCACCACCACCACCCUCCACCACCACCACCACCACCGCCACCACAUUUUCUAUUGUUUUCCCUCCACCACCACCACCACGACCGCCACCACAUUUUUCUUGUUUCCCUCAAAAGGCCAAAGAGGCCAAAAUCAGGCCUAAAAGGCCAAACUCAAGGAGGGAAACAAGAAAAAUGUGGUGGCGGUGGUGGUGGUGGUGGUGGAGGGAAAACAAUAGAAAUGUGGUGGCGGUGGUGGUGGUGGUGGUGGAGGGAAAACAAUAGAAAUGUGGCGGUGGUGGUGGUGGUGGUGGGAAAAAAAAUGUGGCAAUGGUGAAAUGGUGGUGGUGGAGGGAGGAGGAGGAGGGAAAACAAUAACGAUCCUACAUCGACCCCACAUCGACCCUACAUCGACCCCACAUCGACCCUACAUCGACCCUACAUCGACCCCACAUCGACCCCACAUCGACCCUACAUCGACCCCACAUCGACCCUAUCAAAACAAUCAAAAUGAGGAGGAAAAGGAAAAACAAUCAAAGUGAGGUGGAGGAGGGAAAACAAUAGAAGUGAGGAGGAGGGGGAGGAAGAGGGGGGAAAAUAAUAAAAUUGUGGAGAAGGAGGGAAAUUAAGAUUGAGGAGGGAAAAUAAUACAAAUUGUGAAAUUUUGGAGGAGGGAAUAAAAAAUUGAGGAACGAAAACAAUAAAAUUGUGGAGGAGGAGGAAAGUAAAAAAAAUGAAAAGGAGAGGGGUGAGUAAAACAUUGUUUGCAGUGUAAAAAAAAAGAGCUAGUUGGCCUUUGCCCUCAUUAAUAUGCACGAUUUGCCUGCCAAAAAUCAGUGAACCGGAACAAGGACAAUCGCAGCAGCAGGAAAUAGGACUUGCAUAAUUACGUUACGUCUCAGUGAUUUUAAGUCAGAGACAAGUUUGACUUUACUCCUCAGGCACUAUGAACUAACCAAUGAAAAUACAAGACAAUAGGUUAUGUCAUAAAACAAAAAUAAACCAGUUAUAUCAACCAGGCUAAAAAUAGAACCUGACAAACCGGUCAAACCAGUAUACUUAAUUAAAUCCACCGCAUUUUAUUCAUGAGAUGAGGACAAUAGCCUAUGACGUCAUCGGCGUUAAUGUAUUCCUCCGCACUCUAAUGAGAAUCCUCCGCAAAAAAACGGCCUAACCGGUGCGCCCUAUACUACUCACGAUUUCAGUAAUAAUGAUGACAAAUUUUUCACCAUUUCCUUAGUAGCAAGGACAAGGGGAAAAUAGUUUGAGAUUUCUACGUUAUUGACCAAGGGUGAGGUUAAGACGGCUGGAUAUUGGCUUAGGGGUUUUUAUGCGUUUUUUGAUGGACCAAGAAGAGGUCGAAGUUAGUGAAGUCAGUCAGUGAAAGAAGAACAGACCAAUAUCCAGCUAUGUUGACCGAACAAGCUCGGUCAAUAAAAGAUUUAUUGUAUGACCAAAAAAGAACUUUUUGCAGGACCAACGCGUGAAAUCCCGAACGGGCAAGAUAGUAUAGGUCCAUCUUGCGUGUUCGGGUAGCCAAUCAGAACACAGGAUUCGCUUCGCCUUUUUCUUAAUAACAAAGUAUGAACCUCGCUACAACUCAAUCAUGUGACAACAAUCCAAUCUGUGAUUAGUAUAGUAUCGUACUAUUUAGACGUGGGUUUGACCUAAAUGGUUACGUGUAUAAAUCCUUGGCUGGAUUGGUUAGGUCCAGAAUAACGGCUAUUACUACCUAGAAUGUGACAUAUAUGAUAUUCUUUUUGCCAGGCUUCAAAGUUCAUCGUCAGUUUGCUAACUAAAUUAUCAGUUGUGGCUAUUUUUUCCCUCUGUUACUUCUAUUUUUUUUCUUUUUGUGUUGUUUUACUUCAGGUUAUUCCGUGACCAGUGGACAUUUUACUCAAAAAAAACGAACAGGUUCGCAAACCUUCCUUAAACUGACCAUCGAUCGGAAUUAUCUUUCCAUGUGAUCCCGUUAACCACUGCUUAAAAAUAAAUUUAUUUAAAACCAUCUAAACAGGCUUUGAGUAAAAUAAAAAGAAGCAUUGUUCAAAAUGGACGACAGAGUUUUCAUCUUUCUUUAGGUGUUCCUGACUCAACGCAUUUGAGAACUGAACUGAGAAAGUAGCUCUUUAUUUUUUAAAAAGAAUUCUCAGUGAUCUUGAUUUUUUUUACUUUUUCAACUAGGCGCAAUAGAAGCAUGGGCCUUAGUGGGAGUCCAAGUAAGCGCGAUGCGUAUGAUCGGAAUGGGGGGGGGGAUUAACCUGCUAGCAGGCGCAGGAGCCCAUAACUCCCAUGCAUACAAGGCCUAUUAAGCGGUAUUUUUACGGACCAGCUUAUUUUUAGACACAUUUUGGGGCACUUUUUCCCGCAAAAUAGAACUCCACCCUGUUUAUGAGCGCAUUCGAACUAGAAAUUAAAAGGGAAACUUAAGGUUAUUUUAAUAACGUACAGACCUAAAAAUGAAAUUUUUUACCUAUUAAAAAGGUCUUUAGAUUUUGCUGACUAGUGUAUGGAAUUUAAAAGAUAUUCAAAAUUCGCGCCAAAAUCGUUCUAAAAAUAAACUGGUCUGUGAAAACGCCGUGACCCGAGCGCAUGGAAGUUGCUCGCUUCAGGUUAUGGGAUCCUGCAGGCGUCAGUAUUUUUAGGGCGAAGAAAGAAUCUCUCCCCUUGGAGUGUGCCCCUCGCGCGGCCUGUCAUGACUAAGUUACCCGCUACGCAGGAGACGUCCGAGUCGUGCAUCCUCGCGCGCCUGCGUUAUCUCUCAUGAGUCUGUGAUGACGUGCAAAAGUUUACCUCUUUUUUUUUUUCAGAAUGCAUUAGUGGAGCCCCAAGAGCAGACGGUGUGAAAGGGAAGGUAUCGAACUUUUGCUUUAAUGCAGUAUGCCGAAUUACAGAAUUCUGCUUUACUUCAAUGUUUCGAGUGACAGAAUUUAGGCGCCGAUAAAACAUGUACAUUCCAAGGUUGAGAUUUUGCCGAGUUGUACCGAAAUGGAGUGGUGAAAGAUGUGAAUGGAGGAGAGGUUAUCAAAUCUGCCCCUUUUAGAGUGGAUAAAAGUAUUGAUUUUAUAGAGCGUCUUUUGAACGGUACCCAGUAAAUACCUUUUUUAUCCAAGUUCUUGUGCUUUUUCUCUGUCCAUUUCCUCUUAAGUUUCAUACCUGCCUACUUGCCAUGUACUGAUUUGUUUCCUUUUCCUCUGAAGGUUAUUAUUUAUCACAUUUACGAAAACUAUUUGUCGGUGAAAUCAACGUUACCUCGACCAAAGAAUAUACCGGUAUGUAGAUGAUUUGAGUUAUUUGCUUUCCUCAAUACUAAAAAGAAUAGGAGUGUUUUUAAUUUCUUUUGUUUCAAAGGUAUUAUCAUGCAUUGCCAUUUCCCAAGACAAAGGAAAUUUGAAUUUAAAUCAGGACGAGAUAGAAAAACAGACAUGCACACCAAAACCACAAUGCUAAUUUGUUUUCAGAAUUUCAGAAUUUUCAGUGUAGUCGUCGAGAGGUCAUUGGAUGACAGUUACAUAACCAUAUUUUUCUGUUGUGUUGAACUAUGUUUCUAAAACUUAUCGUGCAAUAUUGCAUUCAAGAUUGGCGCGAAAUGUUUUACCACCAGUGCAAGAAAAUAACAAAUCUGAGUUAAAAAAGGAGUGACAUACAUGAAGUGCUGCUUGAAACAUCGCAUCUGAAACUUUAAAGUAGUAAUGUCUUUAAGGUUUUUCAAAUACUGACCGAGCACUACUGCCUGGUUACCUGCACAACCUGGUGGUGUGUUCACACUUUGAGUACCCGAUCUGUACAGAUGUACAAAUGUGCUUCAUUUCGCCCUAUUGGACGCCACUUGGGAACAGCAGGGAAUUACUGACGGGGAAAAGCAUUGGACUGCCUCAGAACUAAAAUAACAGCACCGUGCCCUAUAAUACGCUAGUUACGAAUAUUUAAAAUUCAUACUUGCCUCCGAGGCUGAAGGGAAUAAAAAAUGUCACAUUGAGAUUCAGGGAUUAAUAAUUCUUUUAAAUCAUUUUAUUUUGCCUAGCAUCGGAGCCAAUUAUGAAGUUUGAUAAUUUGAUACUGGCCCAUUCUGGCUUGGGUACUUGAAAAAACGACGGCGUGUUCGUAUUAGUUCUCGCAUCAAGUGUGAAUAUAACCUUGGUGAUAAGCAAUCUUAUUAGUUAGGUUAAUUAAAUAUCUGUCUUUCAGACUGGGACGUAUUUCGGAAGUGUCAUUUGUGCCGUUGAUCUGGAUAACAAUCAGUAAGUUUCACAAAGAUUAGAAGGGUGAUAGCUGUAUCAUUGCUCUUUUAAGAGGCCAUUUGCACGAUGACGUCUUUUUACUACUAAGACCAGAAUUCAUUUCGUUUCUUCUUUCACAUUUAAAUUUGUUAAUCCUUUGAGGUUUUAAUAACAAAAGCCCUAAUUUGCCCAAGAAAGCAAAACCCUAAUGGAUUCUGGUAGUAGCAGUAAAAUGGUGUCCUCUUGCAAAUGGCCUAUAGGGAGCUUAAGCAAAGCUGUUUUUUGGUAAUGCACGUCAACCGGAAGUAGACUAUUUGCAUUCUUGGGUAGUAGUUUUACCAAAAUUCGGGCAAAUCAUCUCUAUGAGAGUUAAGACACUGAUCAGGUCAAAUUUGGUUCGUUCAAGGCGUUUUAAAGUGAAAAACGCCUCUCUUCCGGUUGACGCUUGUCGCUCAAGUAAGUAAGAAACUUUAUUUAACCAGGGUAGCCCGUUCAGCAACGAGGCCCUGGGAAAUAAAGAUGUAUACAUUUAAAAGUUUAAAGAAAAAAUCCGAAGGUAAGUACAUAGGGGCCCCUUCUCCGAUUUUUGCUGAGGGGAGGGGGGGGGGCGGUCUGUACACAGGCUAGUAUGUACAAUACUUGAUUAAAAUCGACAAUAAUGCAAUAAAAGUCUAGUUAAUUUAAUAUAAAAAGUGUGUGCCAAAUAAUAAGAAAAAAAGUUAAAACCAGGAGAUUAAAUACCAAAUCAUCAUAUUUUAUAUUUAAGGAUGUGGCACUUUUAACACAACUGGGUGAAGAAUUGAAAUCAAUAGCCCCUGCAUACUUAAAAGUUACGUUUACGUUUAGGCUUUGGUGGGUGCAGGUCUUUCCUUCUCCUAGUUGCAUGAUUGUGCAAAUCCCCAUUCCUGGUGAAAUAUUGAACAAGAUACUUGGGCACCAGAUUAUUUAAGCACUUAAAAACUACAAUACAUUUGUGCAUUUUCUUAGUUCUGGAAGCUAGAUUUAACUAGUUUAGGCACACGGAAAGUGUCUUUUGAGCUGCGCGGUUCUGUUGGCACUGUAGCUCUUUGCAACACCCUUCCGAAAUUUCUCCCCACGUAACAUCAACAUAGUCAAAUAACAGCGGCAAGAGUGAAGUGUAUACCUGUGUAGAGGCCUCCAGCGUGAUCGUAUGCGAGACAUUUCACGCAUUUUCUUGUUUUUAUCGCACAGUAACAAAAUUGGACCGGUUUUUGUGACAGGUUUACAGACGUUCUCGUCGGUGCUCCAUACUUCACUCAUGUUAAAGACGAAGGGAGAGUGUACAUCUAUUUGAACAACGGCCAGGUUGGGUUUCUUUUUUUUUCGUUCUUUGAUAGAGACAUUCAGAUUAUAGGACGAGGGCGACUAGAAGGAAGAGACUUGAGAGAGGCUCAGUAAGAUGUGAAGAAUUAUCCAUAUCUAGGAGGAUGUUAUCCACCGAGGCUAAAGCCCGAGGUGGAUAACAUCCCCCGAGAUCCGCAUUAUCCUUCACAUCGUACGAAAGCCGAAUUCAGUAAUUGUUUUAUAGCUUCGGAUAGUCGUUAACGCCAUUUUGAUCGAUGGUCGUUUAAAAUCAAGUAUACCAUCGAAUCGAUUGUAUAUUGCCGACAUCUUCCAAAUAUGGCAAGCGCUCGUUGGUUAUGAAGAAUUACCAGGGGGGAUGGACCCAAAAACGUAAUCCACAAAUAAUAUACAUCUCGAACUUACUUUUACUUUUUUCACCAGAAAAGUUAAGACGGUUAUUGUUAUUGACGUAGGUUAAGCUUUAUUCCGUUCGCAAAGUGAUAAAACUUUAAACGUUUCGUAGCUCGUGUCCGCCACCACGAUAUUUUCGUUAAAACAGGUUGUAGGAUGACGACGACUAUCACGUUUUCCCGCCAAUAUGACGCUGGUUAACGCACGUGCUCUACUAAGUAUUGAGAAAAUCUCAUUCUCGUAGUCGUCCUCGCCUUAGAAUCUAAAGGCCUCUAAGAACUAGGGAGAGACCACUUGUAAACAUAGUUUCUUUUUACACUUAAAUGUUGCUUUACUUUAACCUGCAGGGAGCACUUAAUUUGCAAGACAACUUUCUUGAGGGAGAUAGAAAAGUGAAUGCUCAUUUUGGACAAAGUAUUGCUGCUGUCGGAGACUUGAAUGCCGAUGGGUUUCAAGGUAAAGCUGGAGGUUAUUUUCUUCUACAUGGAAUAAGUUUUCCGAUUGUACCUGCUUUAAAGAAACACCCUUGAGUGAUCCGACCUUUGCAAUUCAAUCAUUAUCAAAAGUAGCCUUUGGUUUCGAGGGCGGACAGCACGAACCUAAACCUUGGUAAUUCUUGCUAACAUGCGAAAACAGUAGCCAAUAAUGGUGAAAUACAAGUAGUAAGCAAAGGUUAGGGAGUGCAGGCGAGCCGCACCGAUUGGAAGUGGAGAAGCUUUCAUUUUUAGUGAAGUCUAAAUGAAUGCCAACAAAUGCUGGCUAUACUUUCCGCGCAUCAGUAAUAACAACCUGGAGACUGGAUUGCGGGCUUCGCUGGUCGCCCGCAACGAAUAACAUGAGCAGUGUUAUCAGUAUAGUUACCCUAGCAUAGCAACAUCAGCAUUAGCAUGUGACAGCAUCAGUCGAAUAGUUAUGAACGUCAUUUUCAGCCCUUCUUCAGUGCAUUACGUGGUCACCAUCAUCAGUAGACUACGAGUAGUCCCCCAUUUUUCCUCAGGGAUAGUAGAGCGAGCGAAACGCGAGCGCUCGUGAAAAUCACCCCACGCGAGAAAAGUCGACACGUGGAGCGAUUUUCACGCGCGCUCGCGUUUCGCUCUCCGCUACUAUCCUCGAGAAAAAAUGGGGGACUACUCGUAGUCUACAUCAUCAGUAACGUCAUUCUCAACAUCAUCGAAUGGAAGUACGACAACCGGCACACGUAGCAUUGCUUCCCUAAGCAGUCAGCAAUAACACGGUGUCACCUGACCAUAAGCAGCCCGGUUUCUGAUAUGGAAGUACAGUCAAACCCCGGCAAUACAGACACUGAGGGGGCCAUAGAAAGUGUCGGUAUUAAGCGGGUUGAACUUAGAGAAAAUGUAUUAAAGGGCUUUCUUUCCCCAGGGACAAAGCAACUGACCUGUUAAUCCGACGAUUACAUAAUUUUCACGCGUAACGUUAUUUUCACCACAGACAUUGCUAUUGGUGCACCGUUUGAAGGAGAUGGCAGUGGUGCUGUGUAUUUGUAUCAUGGAAGCAGCAAAGGAAUAGAGUUGCAUUACAGACAGGUGAAGAACGUUAGCUCUACAGUAUUCAAACAUUUUCAAAAGUACAGAGAAAACAAAAGAACGUUGGAAAUCAAACUCAUUGGCUUAUGACACGAUGUAGCUUGGUGAUUAUAUGUUAGUUCAGUGGUUAAUAUACAUUUCCAAACAUCUGUCUUCAUUUAAGAUGCAUGUCUCAUUUCGACAACUUCUGACCAGCAAAUUCCUCCGAAGCCACGCUCGAUUCAAGAUUGAGUUCGGAAUCCCUCUCAUCUUCAAAGGACAACACAACUCUUUCAGCACUCGCCCAACCCUGGAAAACGGCUGAGGCGUCUUCAAAUGAGAAAAUGUUUUUGGACUGGUGUGGGUGGAGGAGGGGGUUGUUUAGGCAUUCAAACGAACAUCUUUUUUUAUGUACCGAACUUAAUACCUACUUUAAGUUGACCCAAAUGGUGCGUUUGACGGUUGAUUCAAACGUUGAACGUAAAUGAUUUGACCCAAUUCAUUAUCACGAUGUAAAAAUGGUCUACAAUGCUUUCCAGUCAAAAUAACUUUAAGUAAUUUUAAUAGCAUGGCGGCACAUGAGAAGUUCGGUUUUUUAAACGAAGUAGCUCCACAGAUUGGAAACUCCCAUCAGGCCACUCGAACUUUAUCAUGGCUCGAACCAAAUUAGAUACAUCGGACGUAAUUGAAGGGAUUAGGUUUGAAGGGAUUAGGCUUGGUACACGAAAAGUUCUUCCUUUGAACUGUGGGCCUUAAAUAACCCUGUUCGGGAUAUACAAGAUAAUUUCGCCUUUAACCCAAGAGCGUAAUUUUAUCUGCAACGUAAUGAGCAACCUUUCGAUGAAGUAUCACUCCAUUCAAGAUGAGUACUACAAGUAUCGCUGAUUGCGAACUACUUUUUUUUUUUUUUUAGAAAAUUUUAGGUAUAACAGUCAAAACGGGAAUUAAGUUCUUUGGAUAUUCCUUAACCGGAGGAGUUGAUGUUGAUGAAAAUGGUUAUCCCGGUAUGUCGUAGUUUCUAAAUCCAUAAUAGCUAGUGUGGUAGAAUUUUUAUAGUUCUCUAACCCUAAUUUUCUAAUAAUUAGAUGUUGCGGUUGGUGCUUAUGGCUCAGACCAUGCUGUUAUUUUAAGGUAAGGGUUGUUAAUUUCAGGGUUGUUUAGCGAAGCCAAUGUCAUAGACACUUCUUUUGAAGGUCGAAAAACGUUGUAAGAGUUCGACAAAUUCCAAAGGACUGCAGUUUGCCGGAGUUGACAAUAUUCUCUUAACUUCCAAACUCGUUUCUUUGGUCAACAAAUGAUUUUGUGGAAUAAACAAUAGAUGCUGACCACUGUCUUCAGGGCUUGAGACUAUAUAUCUUAUUCUCCUACAAGAUCAAAUGCCUUUUUUCAGCAAAACCCAGGGAAGACGUCAGCUUCCUGAGUGGUGUUCCGUAUGUCACUUUCACUCUUUGUAUGUGCCAGUACUGUUAUACCGUUAUAUAGUGAUUUUGUGCAAUAAAAAAUAGAUUCGGGCUACAUGAACAAAACAGAACAAAGAACAACAUCAACAGACUUAAGUAAUGAAAAUGUAUGCGUCCGUGUAUGCAUUGCUUCACCACAUUGGCUUCUAAGCUGCCAUAUACAACCUGCUUUAUCAAGUAAAUGAUGAUGAAAUGUUGAUAACUGUUAUACUAUUUAGGUCACAGAGUAUUGUGAAUGUGGUGGGUAAAAUUAGACUGAGCGAGCAGCAAAUCACCUUGGAAGGCAACCACAGCGUUUGUAACUUAGAGGAUACUCAGCACAAAUGGUAUGAUCUCAUGUAACUACUAAUGGUAUUUCAGUGUCAUAAAACGUGUAUCUCUCGAAGAGCUUUACUAAACGCCUUUUCCAAUCAAACAAGAGGAUGGUAUUCAAUCUGAUGGCCCGUAUUGAAACGACACUUUUUAGACUAUUCGAAAAUUCAUAAGCUUGGGAGUCAGUGCUAGUAGGGAUGGUCAGCCAUUUUAGUGGGAACCAGAUGGAAACGUAUAAAACAUUACAACCACCACCCGGUUUGCUCAGUCAUUAGGGCGCCCUUCACCCGUGUGGAAGGUCGCGCGGAGUAACUGAGAAGUGAAGUCUCUCUCUUUGCCCUGCAGACAGCUAGACCUUCGCGUUCCGCAGAUGGUCACGUAGAAAUAGCGAGGACACGUAAAAACAUUUUACUUAAUUUAUUAGUACUUUAUGCUUAAUACAUUGAAACUAAAAUAAAGUAGGUUUCUUUUUGGGGGGUAAUUGGUUAUCAUUUCUCGCCCGCAGCGUAAACAUCACCUUAGUCUUUUACUACAAUGAUGCAAGUGCUGUUACUGCUAGUAAAGGUUUGUAAAUACCGACCGCCAGCAAUUCUUUUGUUAGCUAAUUAUUUGGCUUUGAGAAUGGGAUACUUGUAAAUAUAAUUUUAUUCUUAUUUUAACUUUUUCAAUUUUUUUUUUCAAAGUUUUAAAAGAGCUCACUUAAGCGGAAACUUUCAAGCUUUAAUCAAAUUUCUCAGAUAGCUUGUAUAUUCAACUAUGUUUAAAACUUGUCAUAAUGUGGUCCGAAAAAGUUUUAACGAAUUACGGACAAUGAAAAACUGUUCAUUUGAUUAAAAAGCAGCACUGAUCUCUUCUUUUAGACUUGCACAUACGGUACACGGUGGAACUAGACAAGGACAGAGAGCAGAACGCGUUGCGCCGACUGUUCUUCUGGGAUGCUUUAAACAGAAAGAGGAAGUUUAUCUUGGAAGAUAACUGCACUAUUCCUACAAGAAACACAUAUUACAGUCUGCAGCCUCUAACAGUUUAUUUAAUAGUAUGGCAAUUCACUUACCCUAUAGGUAGAUUUCUACUGUCGCGUAAUUUUUACGCGCGUAAAUAAAAUAGAGGCAAUGCGUAAAAGGCAGCACAUUGAGGAAAAAGUUGAGCGUCAUUCAACUUUUAAGUUUGCGCGCGGCCUUCCAUACAUUGCGUCUACUUUAUUUAUGCACGUGAAACUGAAUUAUGCGACAGCAGAAAUCCACCCUAUGAGUCGUUUGCAAAUAUUAACCUCAAGGCGGCCUUGUUGGUGUGCUCGCAUUCUCGACUCCAGAGCUCUACUCUUUUGCCCAUGACUAAGGGGGAGAACAGCUCGCCUUUGCCCUGCGAGGCCAAUAGAGUGAAGGCUCUGGAAUCGAGAAAUAAUGGUAUAAUCGAACUUAAACAAUUAUUGAAGAUUGAUUUUGGUAAGUAAUGCUUUCCUGUUAAUUUCUUUACGUUUACAAAGAAGUUCAAGAGCUUUUAAACUCGAAGUACGUGCUAAAUAGAUAAAAAUCCCUUACUUCAGUUGAACAUGACACUUGUGAAAUUACAGUAACAGUUGUUUAAAUUAGUCGUGUACAGUUUGAUGAAAGCUUUGAAAACUCUGACCAAUCUGUGCAUUAGCGGAGCAUUGUGCGCUGGUAAACAAAGCUGAGGACUUUUUUCUCUUCUACGCAUCACCAUAUUAGUUAUCUGCAGGUGACGUUAUGAUGUCUAGACCAAUCAAAACUUUGCAAAAGAUAAUUUAAAUGGUAAUAACAAAUAUUUGGACAGGAGCAGAUCUCAUUUUCCAAAGGAUGAAAAUUGUGUUUGUUUGGCUACAGCAAUAUGGCGCCAAACGUUAUGCGUUAACGCCCUACAACUUAACUUUUAGAAAUGUUCCGCGUAAGUCCCGUGUAAAGACUUAGGGAAUACAGAAGUGACCGUCUAGUAAACAUCGUGAUAUACUCCAGCUUUAAAAUCUUAACUGUAUAAACUCAGUUACUUGCAAAAGCUUAACUGAAAACAAAAAGCGUGUAUCGAUUGAGCAUUUUGCCAGACCCAUUUUAAAACGUCUUGUCUCGGUGCCUAGAUAACCGUGGUCCCUACAAAGGAAAUCUGAGGACAUAAGAUUAAGCCUUAAACUGGGUUUUAACUGAAUAGAGCUAUAAUAAAUUAUAUCGCUGUGCAAAGUCGAAGAGAUUAGGUUGCUCUGUUUAAGAGCACAUUUCCAUCUUCCGUAACACGUUGCUACAAAUAAGAUAACAAACAGUAUGUUUGCACGGAACGUCUUAUUUAGGCCUAUUUUGUUAUAGUUUAGAAACUUUUAACUGUCUGGAUACAAUAGGCAGCAUGCAGCUAGUCAUUCACGUGGUAAAAAACUGCCAUGCUGGAGAGCAUCAGACUCACUAGGACAAGAAAAACUAAAGAAAUUACCAUUUUAAAUGAUGCGAGCUCUUUGUUUGUCUUGUCCCAGUGCGUUUCACGCUCUCUAGCAUGGCGGUUUUGUAUGAUGUGAAUGACCAGCUGCAAAGGGCCUAUUUCAAUUAUACCUCCCUCAGUUAAAAGAAAAAUCACCACUCAUCCUCAUGUUACACGCGUUCCUUUCCAACAGUGCUCUUCCCUAGAGUCGUUCGUUUAAAGAUCUUUAAAUAUGAGAUCAUCUUUGUUUUGUUGCAGGAAAAAGACGAACUUGGUGAUGUAAACUCCCCUCUCACCUUUGACCUGAAUAUUUCCCUUCCUCCACCUCCUUGUUAUGGACUGUGUCCUGUUCUUAAUGAUUACCUGCCAAGCACCUUUCGAGCUGAGGUUAUUAAGUAAUUUAAUAUAGGUGGAGGUUUUCUUGCCAAAGCGACGAGAUACGGGACAUCUUAAACUGAGUAAAACGCUUUCUCGUCAAGAAUCCUACUCUCAGAGACCCAGAGGCAGCUAAAUAGGAAAGAUAUUUAUCUGAAAUGAUGAAACCAUUACAAAGUGAUAGAUGUAUAUGAAAUAAAACACAACUGCGAGCAUCAUUCUUGAUUUGACUUCAUUUCCGCACUUCGAAUAUGAUUUAUUUCAUAUACAUCGAUCACAUUCAUCUCUUUUACAGGAACAUAUAAUUGACCAGCUCCCAACAUCAGUGGCUUCAUAGUUCAGUUGAUUAGAGCAUGGCACCGGCAUCGCGAGGUCACGGCUUCAAACCCCGUUGAAGUCCUGAAUUUUUUUCAGGCUUUUUAAAGCAAUUUCAUAAAUUGCGUUCACAAUUGCGAGGAUUAUUCUUCGUUUGAUUUCAUUAAAAAGUAUUAGGGAGAAGGGCAGAGCACCUCGGUUAUUCCUCUCAGUUCCCAAUCAGUUCAAUAUCUUUAGGCCAUUCAUGAAGCAGGAAACUCAAUGCUUUUAAAACUGAGGCUUGUUUCUAGAAAGUCACGGAAACUUUAAAUUUGUAGUACGCCUCCUAGUUCGGCCUUUUUUAGGACUGCGCCGGAGACUUGACCGAUCUGUGUCAUGUUCCACUAUGGGAUUGUUUGGGGUAACUAGCACUUCUAUUGGCUAUAACUAGUAAUAUUAUUAAAUUCAACCCCGAAACAGUCGCAUAGUUCACUGCAACUGAACACCUACCUAGUCUCCCCUUAAGCAUGAUCUCAAAAUGGCCUCUGGCAAAUGAAAUGUUGAUCUUGCAAUUAAACACAAUAAUCAUAAACAGCCUCCCUAGCCCGCUUAUUGCUCGGUCUUUCGAGAAACGGGCCCCCGCUUCAGUUAGAAUAAGUACCCGGGGGCAUUUCUUUCUUGUAAACCUUUUCUACAGUAUUUCGCUAGUCAGAACAUUUCGUCGCCAUUUGCUUGCUGCCUGUCUUGGUCUCUGAGGAUGCUGAAGUCUAAGAUUGCGCAAAAUUGCAAAAACUAUGUCAUCUAAGAUAACGUAUAAUUUUAUCGGCGAUAAACAAGGCUGCCCCAUAGUACAUGAGAUUUUCAACUUUCGUUCAGUUUGUCAAGCGAAUGUCUGCACGAUUCAGUUUGAUCCAUACUUUCAAAACAAAACUGCGUCGCCUGUGGAAGUUUAUUUGGAAUCGAAAAUCAUAAUUUCUGCUCUACUAACAGUUUGCGACUCUUAUUUUUUUUCAAUGAAAUUAGUGGGAUGACACGCGUAACACGCGAGUAGCGAGACACAGAGAAUCGAGGGCGUUUGCCCGAUACGAAAGGGGGGCCCCCAAGAUUUUUUGGCUUCAGCAUUAGCGAGGUGCACGUAAUACCCACUAUAUUUUAAGAAACACAGGAGAUUUGAUGCAGUCUACUCUACUAAUCACUGGUAAUUGUUUCUUUUUUAGGUCGUUUUUAAGAAAAAAUGUAAAAAUCAUGCCGCUUGUGCUCCAGAUUUGGCGCUUAGUGGCAACUUGGUUUUUUCUCCCAGGUAAGUUGGUCAAUUUAUCGCUUUUGCUUAUUCUUCUCUCUUAAAUCCAGAAUUUUCAUUAGGUUCGUUAGGUCCGUUCUUGGCUUACACUUCAACGAAAGCGAAUUUAGAAGGAAGGAGUGUACUGCUCUAAUAUAAUUCAAGACAUAAUUGAAGGUAAUCAUGAGUGAAAGCUCAACGGAACGAAAGGAAAUUUUCCCCUUCUUCAGUUUCGAUGUUUUGUUUCUGUCGGUUACUAUCCACUAUAAGCGAAAAGUACGGAGAUGGAAGCGGAAAAUCAGUGUCUUUGAUAUCAACAUGGGAGUGUUGCGCGUGCCCGUUGGUAUUCUUCACUUUCAUUUGGGUAUCGGCAGGUCUAGAUGAUAUAUCUGAAAGACGAAUAAUUCGUAUAGGAAUGAAUUCGCUGAUAAAUUAGGAACGGCCACUUACCAGUACCCUCCACUGACGUUUUUAAAUCUAAGGAAUUUGGAAGAGGAAGCCAUCAGAAUGCUUCUCGAGAAACCUUGUUAAAAUCCAGUCUCCUUAAGAUAAAACGAACCACAAAUAAACCCCUAGAGGCUGUUGGUGUAAUGGUUCAGAAUCCGUGUGCGGCUAGUUAGAGGGUAGAAAAUAGGUGGCACCUUAAAAUGAAAGCCAGUAGCAAAUUCAUUGUAGACCCAGAGAUCUUUUUGCUUACUGUACUUUUUCCUGUAGGCAUGUUAAAGAACUAAGAAUUGGAGUUGUCAAGAAUUUUACUGUGCAAGUUGUUGUCGAGAAUAAAGCUGAAGACUCUGCUUACGCCACCAAGUUUAUACUGAAAUACCCAGAUAAAUUAGACUACGUUGGAUCUUACCAGGUACUGUUUCUCCUUAAAAUGACGAUAUUAGUAACAUUAUUUCAUUUAACGCAUAUAGCUCCAGGAAAGCUCCCCCAGUUCGCUAUCGACUGAGAACAUUAAAUAACCGCCAAAGAGCUUAUUCGAACACUACCGUAUUAUAUCGACAAUGUCCGAUCAAAGAAAGAAUGAUCUUCAUUGUAACUAUAAUCAUGGAUGUAGUUGUAAUCGUCACCAUAGUCAUAAUCGGACUCGUAAUCUUAACACUUAUAGUAAUGCUGUGAAAGGUUUGAACCCAGGAGUCAUUUCAAAAGUAGGUUGAGUUUGAUCGUCCCGGUGAACUUGGUCCUGAAUAGGACUGUUGUUGUUGACAGUGACUGACGUUUCGACAACUCUUAAGUUGUUAUAGCGGACCGCAGAGGGAUCAGUUACUACUGAUCGCGAUAGAUCUGUUACCUCUAAGACGUUUGCUAAGUUCUUUGAAAAUGAGAUGGAUUGUAAACGUCAACUUAGGAAGACAGUCAAAGAGAUUACCUGUGCGGUAGUCAUCUUCAGAGUCAAAGUGAGUUGUAUUACGUCAGUUGAUGGUAGUAUACUCUGGUUAUUGAUCUGACUGGUCAAUUACGUCGCGAUGUUAUUGGUCGUCUGUCAGUUAAGCCGUGAUGUUAUUGGCUAUGAAGACUCGUAAUCAGUAAUUGGUGCGUUUCGAUCCGUCUAUUGUCACAGUUAAACAGUCGUCUAUUGCUAGUCAAAUUGUCAGUUCUCCAGUCGUUAUCUCGUAGUUAGUUUUGCUUGAUCUCGUCAAUAAGUCGUUUGUACGGGGCUGGUAACUGUUGGCUUCGAUUCAGUGGCAUUUGUUGUAAGUUAGUAAACCAGCUUUCUAAAGUAAGGCGUUGAUAGUAGUCUGUAGAAUACAUUAUACAUGUCGCAGAGUCCCAGUCAAUUUGAUGUUUUGUCUUUAAUCAAUCAGAUCAAUAACCAGAGUAUAAUACCAUCAACUGACGUGAUACAACUCACUUUGAUUUUGAAGAUGACUACCGCACAGGUUGUCGAAACGUCAUUCACUGUCAACAACAACAAUCCUAUUCAGGACUACGUUCACCCGGACGAUCAAACUCAACCUACUUAUAGUAAUCAUAAUCAUAUUCAUAAUCUGUAAUCAUAAAUCGUAACCGUAAGCGUGAACAUAACAAUCAUAAUCAUAUGCGUAAUCACAAUUAAAUUAUAAUCGUAAUCGUGGAGAAACUCAUUUUUUAAAAGCCACCAUGGUCGUAAGUAAGAAUAAGAAAAAGAAGGAAACCGCUCUUCUUUAACGUAAUAUGUUAAACAAUAGAUAAAGAAUACAUGCUGACGUAAAUACCCCUUCUCAGGAUACGGUGUUGCCCUAAUCUGGCUGGUUAAGUGAGUUGCUUGUGUGUUUUGUGUUUGUAUUUUAGGAUGUAGACUGUGACAAGACCAUCCCUGUUAAUGGCACUGCAACAAUUAAUUGUGAUGUAGGAAAUCCCAUGCAGGGGAAGACAAAUGUAUGUCAACUAUUUUAUUCGUUAAUCAUCUUUUAGUGGGCUAGGAUCAAGUUUAACUCAACAGAAUGAUUAGACUUGCUACAACUCGACCUCGAGUUUCUUAGGGAGCGGAGCAAGAUUUUUGGGCCGCCAAGCGGCCGAGCGAGCGACGACGCGCCAUCUUAAAACAGACGAAAGUCUAAGGAAUGAUGUAUCUCGACUGUUAGCGUUACUUGUAUAAAUCUCGAUAAGAAGACGCAUUACUUCUUUGAUUUAUUUUCAAAAUUGUCUCAUAAAAACACUUCAACGGGCGAAUAUAUUUACAUCUGAUAGCACAUCAACGGUACGGACUGUUUAUUUGAAAAUCCGUUUCGAAUACUAUCUUAUAUCUAAGUCUGAUGUUCCACCAUUAGUUGUGGUGGCACCUUUUUAGCUUUAUCAUUUCCCUUUAAAAAGUUAAUAUCCUCAGUCCACUUUGAAAGAGUACUAAACAAUUCAAUCCCUUUCCCAGUACUACUCCUACCUUGCCUGGUCCCUGGUCCUCAUUUUGUCGCGUGAUCUACACGUUUCCGAUUACGUGAUGCACGCGAGUCUGCUACGUCACUAAAAUGAAUUGACCAAGGUAGACUUAAGAAGACGCCGCACAGGUGUACUAGGCAAACUCCUAUCGACAGAGCUGGUUAAAUGUUUUCUUUUAUCUUGUUUUCUUUUUUAGAAAUCAUUAAUAAUCAAGUUUUCGCCGGGUUCCGUAAGAGAAGACUUUAUUCUUGAGGUUGAAGCGUUAAGGUGCCUAUUUCAUUUAUCAUUUCAUUUUCACUUCAAUCUUUCUCUCGAGAGGAAGUGCUUAUUCUUUUUCGUUUUUAAGCUAAGCUCGGAGAAACAAACGUAGAGUAAGGAGCGCAAGAAAUUGUUUACGUUUUUCUUGUCGCUGCGGAAACUAUUAUUGGUUUACUAUUUUGUUGUAGUGUAGGUAUUCUUUAGGAUCCUUUUAACCUUGGACUAACGUCUUUUAAUUAAGGAACCGUCCGCUAAAAAUGGCACAUGUUCAAAAGCAUCAUUUCGAAUGCGCUGGCUCACCUUCGCUGGAAACAUUUUUCUUGCACAAUGGAAUUGAGGUUACAUUCAGGUAGCUUGCACCAGAACGAAGCUUUUUCUGCGGUUAAGGAAUCCUUUAUACUUACUUUUUUCAAGUAAAUGUAAGGCAGGCCUCUGAACCCAAUGAAACAGGAAUCAAACUAUAAUUUAACUAACCUUAGCACUGCUUCGUUCGUAUGCAAAUUUUCGAUGAUGCAUGACCCGUGCAUAUUGCGCAAAGAGCAAAAGUGAACUUUACAUGAAUCACCACCCAAAAACAGCACUUAGAAGAACAUAUUGGUGUUAUUAAACCCAUUCAUGAGGUGCACGCUUCAUUGUUUUUCUGAUUAUUCUUCAGCCAAGAUGAGGAUGUUGACGAUUAUGAUAACAAGAUACGAUUUCCGGUCACCGUAAAGUUUGAAGCGGAUGUUGAAAUCACAGGGUAUGUUCAAUGGACAAAAUUUUGCUGGCGCUAUUCAUGUAAAUUUAAGUACGUAGACAGGCAGAAAAUUGUUGUUGCUCAAAAUAUCUAUAUGUCGUUACUGUUCAUCAGUAGGAUGCCUAACGUGUGCAAUUCCACAAUUGGUUUCGGCUCCUUUAAAUCCUAUACCAUAUUGUUGAGCGUUUAGGAGGAGGGUUCGUACCCUGCUUUACGGGUACCCUCUUAUCUCAUUUUUACCGACAGUUUUCUUUGUCUCUGGAGAAAUCCCUUAUGUUGUCUCUAAAAUCAACCAGCUUAUUGAGGACAACUGCGAGGUUUUUCUUGUCCAAUCAAUAGAAACGUAGCUUAACGUCGCUAAUUAUUUAAAAAUAAUGGCUAUUUUGUAAGUCAGACAUGUAAGUUUGUUGAUGCCAAUGCUGAAUUUGAAGUGAUUUAUUAUUUUGCCAUUAAAAUGUGUAUUUUUGAUGAAAUAGCCCACGUUCGAUAUAUCAAAAUUCUAACAUGACUCUGAGGCUUUAGGGACAAAAUUGCAAAUUUUUGACAACGCCAUUGUCUCGCAAUUCCCAGAGGAGACUUGAGCGCAAAGAAAACCAAACCAAAUAUAGAAAAUUAUGACCAUAAAGCGUCGGACGCAGACGGAGUCAUUUUACAAAUUUAAUAUAUCGAUCGUGGGCUUAUUAACAGGACUCGCUUGAUAGAAAAUAGACUCUGUCUAUGGUACCCUUCGUGUCUGUAGUAAUAUAACAGGGUUCGAUUGUAUUUCUGAUUCACAAUUUUUAUUUUGUAGCUCAUCAAAGCAAGAUCAAGUUGUGUACUCAGGACCUGUGACAGAAAAGGAAGACGUUAAGAAAGACUUGGACUCUAUUGGACCUAAAGUGAUCCAAACAUUUACAGUAAGUUGAAAAUGACUCGCUCACUUACCUCUAGGAUAUCGUGGCCAAAGAAAAUAAGUGUAGAGGAUCUGUCAAUGGUACUUUAGUCCUAUUUGCUUUGUCCUUUCCCAUCACCUUCGGUCAGCUAUCGAAUAAUGAAACCCUAAUCAAACAGUAGAGAUGUGGCCCGGUGAGUCUGAUUUCACGAUAUGUUCAAUUCCCUACUGAGUAAUAUCUGAGAUGCGGCUCGAGUGUCGUUUAAUAGUCUGCCAGUUAUGGCGUGCUGAUAGGUUCUAACAGUGACCACCAAUGACAACCUCGAUCAUAGCUAAUUUGUUUUUUAGGGUGUCAUGCUGGUUUUUAUUUAACAAUUAAUGAAUGAGGCUGAGUAUCUUAUGAAGAAUUAUGGAGAUCGAGGAGGGUGUUAACACCCUCCUCGAUCUCCAUAAUUCUUCAUAUGAUACGAAAGCCGAAUUCAAUAAUUGUUUUAUUAUUAAUUCAAAAUAAUUCCUAGUUUAAAAACAUGGCUAAAACAUGCUUACCUCCAUCGAUCCAUGGACGUUAAGUUCAUCUUCGAUAGUGCACGAUUAGGUUUGUCCAGCUCCGCAAAUAUUCUCCAAAUAGCAUGUCGCCCUUCAAGUUGUCUUCUUGCUGUUGUUGCCAUGUUUUUAGCUAUUGUUUCGCCUAGUUCUGACUCUUGAAACGAGUGAAAUGUCCGCCAUUUUUCAAGUUCACAACCAAAACAACUCAACCUCGUUCCCAGGUCUUCUCGGUUAUCGGUGCCUUAACCUGCGAAAACGCUGCAUUUUUGACGUCAUUUCCUCGUUAAACACACAAUUCUUCCAAAUUUGGUCAUCAGUAACUGGUUAUGGUGAAUUAAACGUGUGCUUUUAGCCAAUCAGAAUCGGGAAAAUAUUUUGAAUGAAUAAUAAUAACCUUUAUACAACAGCUAUUCGCAUUCAAGCCUACCUCUCUAUACCUCCUUUUUACAAGAACCAGUUAAAUAUUCGUCAGCUUUUUAAAACAAUCCUCGUCAUUUUGCCAUUCAUCACAUACAAAGACAUUUCUGGGUGCAGGUGUAAUUUCCACGGUUAGCUCUUGGUACAGUUUUAUUGGUCUCAGCCUGCAAUCUCUAAGAAGAUUGCUUUGAUUGGUUCCGUACUAAAACUUUCGUCAACAGUUGCGAAAUAAGGGCCCCAGUGCUGUUGACAGUUCAUUGGUGACUGUGAACUUUCCAUACUUGUAUUCAUUGUCCAAGCCUGAAAGCUACCUCCUCUAUCUGAUACAAAUUGAGGUGAGUAAACCACGCACUCUAAAGUGUCAGUAAGUACGGUAAGCAGAAUGGUAGGGUCUGACUACUCUUCUUUCCUGCGCUAGAAUGUAUUUAACGUUGAUGACGUCAUAGGCCCAUGGGCGCCAACAACGUUCACUGAAACGUUACCUAACCAUGCACCUUUUAUUUCUAUCCGCAUCCAAUGCUUUUGGUUUAAAGACUCAUGAAUAGUUUAUAUUAAUCAGUGCCAAGGUCAACAUUGUACCCCUGUUAACUCAAAAUAUAAUAAAAUUUUGUUUAAUUGUUCGAUCUUCUCCUCCUCCUCAAUUCUGUUAGUCUAUGGUGUCGACGUUGAUAUAUUCCUGUGUAUUGUAAUGAGAUUGCCGCAUUGAAACCAGGAGUAAACAGUCCCUACUAUACUACUUUGGUGGAAAUUCAUGGGAUCAUUUUAGCCCUUAGGAAAUUUUUGUUUGUACGAUUCAUGUUUAGUUUCAGUUCUGUCAGCAUAAAAAGUAUUGCGUUUUUGGACGGAAUUUGCUUACUCCCCCUCUUUUUCUUACGCGGAUUUUCUUCUUUGUACUAAUAAAUACUGAAUUUCAACUUGCUUGCUGUAACCCUCUCUCCGUACUGUCUGUCAUAACUGAAUAUCAAGGCGUUAAUAACCCUUUAACACCUUUUUCUUUUCAUAAGCUCAUGUUCGGCCCAACCCCAGUGUGUUCUAAGCUUGAUGAUGUGUGCCAAUAAUGGCGGUUGUAAUAUUCAUUCUAUUAUUGAUCUUCUUUCUGUUUAGUCUUACACUAAAAGCUCUGUGUCGACUGUGUGUUUUUUAACGAUAGGUAUAUAAAUAUUAAACUGAUAUGUUGAGUUUUUCACUAGUGUUGACCGAAAUAGGACUUCUCAAUAAUAGCUUAGAAAGUAAAACUUACAAUAAACGACUUUGGCUCAUUAGUAGGACCGUUUUAAAUUUUAGCACCCUGUCUAAAUUACAUUACCAGUAGUUCAUUUAUGUAGUUUCUUUACUGACGUCUUUCUCUCUUAAGCUUGAUGGCGCCUCAGGAAGCUGUAAUGCCAAUGUCAAUCCUCUGGAUAUCAAGGUGAGACAGUCUCACUGCCAGUCUUAAAACCUUUUUAUUGGACAGGUAUCCCAAGCUAGAAACUUGCGCGUCCUUACCUAGGCUCAGUCUCCAGCCGUGGAGGUCUCGAUCUGGUUAGGGGAAUCGCGGGCGCAUCGAGACACCAAGGGCUGGAGACUAAGUCCUUACAGUGAGUGUGAGGGUAUGCAACAGUCGAAGUAAAGAACGAAGGAGUUUUUUCUCUGGUGGAAAAACCGGCAUGGUUGUUUAGCUUACACUGUUUCAUAAAACGCAGGCUUCAGACAUUGGACAUGAAAUCUCCACACGAAAGAACACAUUUGCUUGUUAUUGGUUUUAUUAGGUAACCAAUGCCACGCCGCGAACGAACGACAAACAGUCAUUACGUAGACGGCGUCACAGUGAGGAAAACGCUUUCCUGGUGAGUACUGGAUGCAAUUGUCAAGGGUACGCAAGACUGAAGAGUUUUCUACUCUUAAGAUAUUUGAACAGGUUACUUAGCCGGUAGAAAUCUCGAAUUCGUCUUGUUAUUGUUAAAUGUACAUUUGUGUGUGUUUUUCCUUUUGGUUCUGAGAGUGAAAGACAACCUCUUGAAGUUAUUCUUGCGAUGGAUACUUCUCCUUGCCGCCAUGUUCUUUGAUGUCCUCUGUAGCUUAGUCAAACCUGUAGUAAACAGUCAGUUGGGUUGGUCAUUUGGUCAUUCCCUACGGUUUACAGCUUAUAAGGAGUACGAAUUGACUAUAAAAUCGAGUUAAUUAAGGAUCAGUAGGUGGAAAGGUAUCGUCCAGGCGACUGUAGUUCUUAAUAGGACUACUGUUGACAGUGAGUGAUGUUCCCAGUAAUCUACAGAGUCUAAGAGGAAAAUUAACUAUUAUGGUUUGGUUAUUUACAGGGCUGCCAACAGGCAAGUUGCAAGGCCUUUCAGUGCAGUCUGGGAACGUUAAAGAUGGGUGAUAAAGCGGAAAUCACAAUGACAUUUCGACUUUGGAAAAAUACACUGCUCAAGGUUUGAUCAACAUAUAAUUAUUUGUUGCACAAUAGGUUUCACUUCCCUUUUCCCACCCCUCCCAUUUCUAAGGGUAAGCCUUGGGGUCGAUUUUUUGGGGGGCAUCCUAUCCGCCUUAGUCGGAAGCUAACGCGAAAAGUUCGUAUUACGUAAGCGUUUACAAGAUGUAACGCACCUGUCUGAGCAUAUUAUGUAAUCAUCUCUCGCGUUUGACGUUUGUGCGAUAUCGAUGGAAUUUGUUACCUUUUUUCACCAAGUAGUUUUAAUUUUCAUCAGGAACUUGAUCCUCUUAAAGCAGUUGAUUUGGAAACAACUGCAAAAGUGAAAGUACCAGACGAAAUUACACAGGCGGAUGAAAACAACGACAUGGCGACAGUGAGUAGGCGGAAAGCAUUUUACAGUAGAGCAGUAUUUAGUAUUAUUUUGGAUUUCGGUUGUUCGCCAUUUGUUUGGUUCGCUAUCUCAUUCCAAACUUUCAGAUAGCUGAAGCAACACUAGAGUAGGGAACAAUGAUUAAUUUCGGAGUUUUACAGCAUUGUCAAGGUGGGUUCCAAAUUUCAUGUGACUAAACUGAAGUUGUUGCCAAAAUCAGGAAUGGAAAAGGGCGCAGUUGCAGGGAAUGAGAGAAUAUAAAUGAUCUCUGAUACCAUUAUUUUCGAAAAAUACCCCUAUAAUAUUGAAUACCACCCAGCCUUCUUUUUCAAUUUUCUUUUUCUCCAGAGACCAUUUUCGAACAAUACCAGAUUAGUUGAAACGGUGGCCAUUAACCGCAGGAAAAAAAUGCGUUUUCAUGAUCAUGUGAGUUGGCGUUGGCAGGACGUCAGAGCAGCGUCAUUAGGGUCUGACUAGAAUAAUGUAGAUACGUUAACAUAUGGUGUGUUCAUCUUUCUUUGCAGAUAUUAACGACAGCAAAACCUGCACAGACUGGAGCAAGAAAGAGAAAAAUGCCCUGGUGGAUCAUCUUUUCGUCUGCACUCAGCGGCUGUGUACUACUGGGCGCUGUUAUAUUUUUGUUAUACAAGGUGAGACGGAAGACGAUACAUAAAAGUUAAGGAACAUUCUUCAUAGUAAUUUUUGGGUUAGGGAUGGUGAGGCCCUUAGCUAAGAAAUAGCUUAUUCAUCGAGAUAUGUUAUAAUACAGAAUAAUGCAGUCUGUAAGUAUGAAAUUCCUUCUGCUCUUUUCGUUAUGCGUUUCGCGCACGUGAUUUACAUUCGUGUUCCUUAUACUCAUGCCAUAAUUAGCUUGCUUUCUAACACACUCGUUCAUAAGAAACAAUAUAAGGCAAUAUGAGAUUUGUAUUUUGGAAAACGCACAGUUCACGCUACGCCAACGGAUAAAUUUGAAAACUCAACUUUAUUCGUAUGUUUAGGCCUACCGCCCAUUCUAAUCGAUUACCUAAUUCAGUCAUCUGCUGUAAGUCUUACAUCCUUGAUUGUGGUUGCGGAAUGUCUCUGUAGUCAAGGAUUCCUUAGCGCAAUCAGCUGCAGUAGUAACGAAUACUUUCACGCACUAUCCGAAAAUCGAUGUCAUAACUUUGCCCAGUCAAUCACCGAUUCCACUCCUGAGUCAUGAAUGCGCCAGAGAUUCACUUACGUAUACAUAUUUGACAUCACGUGAUCACAAAUUUCCUUAUGUUCUCAUAUCAUUUGCACCAACUUCUGAUGUGAUUUCUGUCGUUUUCUUCAGGGAGGAUUUUUCAAAAAGAAACGAACAGAGAAUAUCUCGAGUCUAUCAGAGGAAAGCCGUCCCAUCAAUCCUUAG